AAGAGGGCAAUUGCAUCCCACUGAAUGGGUCUUUCCGUACCUUGCUGUGACCCUCUCGUACCGGGACCUCGACUCCUCUGCUCUCUUUCGAGUCACGGCAACACCCGGCAUGGCUACUCUUCUCGAUCAGCUGCGGACGCUGAGUGCCGUAGACUGCGACACCCUAGAUGCCGAAGCGGCUGCGAAACUCGGUCCUUUCACCGACUGCACGUCGAACCAGGCCAUCGCCUUUGCCGAACUGAGCAGACUUGACAGCGAUGGAAAGCCGAGGUACCGGCAACUCAUCGCCGAGUCCAUCCAGGUCGCGCACUGGCUGUUUGGCAAGCAGACUGAUGCGACGCUGGAGGAGCUGGCCGUCGAAUUGAUGAUGGUUGGCUUGUCGAUCCGACUCGCCCCUCAUACCACGGGUUAUCUGCACGUCCAGACAAACCCCAAAUCCGCCUAUUCCGCGCAAAAGACUGUCACAAACGCCGAGAGGAUCAUAUCUCACUUCAAACAGCUAGCCCCCGAUUUCGCUACCAGUCGCAUCUGCAUCAAGAUUCCCUCCACCUGGGAGGGCAUUCAAGCCUGCCGUGAGCUCGAGAAGAAGGACAUCAGCACGCUCGCUACAGCCCUCUUCAGCCUCGAGCAGACGGCCCUGGCAGCCGACGCCGGAUGCCGGUGCAUUGCCCCCUACGUGAAUGAGUUGCGCGUGCACUUUGAUCCAAGGUACACCGAUGCCAACCCGUCUCUCGCCCUCUGUGGUGCCGCACAGCACUACCUCAACUCCAGACCAGGGAGCAAAACUCACGUCGUCGCUGCAUCCUUGACGAGUGUGGAACAGGUAAUGCAGCUUGCUGGGAUCCAGCACAUCACCAUCUCUCCAUCCCUGCUGGCCGAGCUGGCUGCCACGCCGGCUGCGACGUGGCCCCGGGCCGCCGAAAUUGGGCAAGCACUCAAAGUCGCCGCUGCCACUGCUGCUUCUGCCGGUGGCAGCCAUUCUGUAGCCACUCACCUGUUGGGGGCAGAAAGGCGAAGGAUGCUCGAGGCUGUGGUCAAGGAUGAGGGCCUCUGGCGGAUGGCAUUUACGAGGGCUGACGGAGGGGCGGGCGAGGUCAAGUUGGUGCAGGCCAUCAACAUCUUUGCCGACGUACAGGAUCAGUUGGAGGAGAUAGUGAGGCGGGCGGAUGUUACGGUGCCGGCUGGAGGCGGUACUGGAGGGGUUUGAAAGGGGGCCCUGGUAAGAGGCAGGAAGUCGUAUUGGGAUGCAAAGCAGGCGGCCCAAAAGCUGGCUGCAAGAGACACGAUGGAGAACGAGGAAAAGCCUGACACACUCGAGGACGAUAUGGAUUGAUAUGAAGUACCCGGGUUGUGAGAGCUCUUGGUCAGUCAGUUCCCGACUGAGAUUUGGUGUGAUGUCCAUACGUAAGCACCCUAGCCCACGGGCCAGUGUUACACUGGG